AUGCAGCCACCACUGGAGAAUGAGUCCAUUGUCUUAGUAUUUACACUCUCUGGACUAAAUGAUAUGAUGGGAAACAGAUUUGUGUUUUUUUCUUUGACUGCAUUGUAUUAUCCAUUAAUUGUGUUUUGUAAUGUGAUUAUAAUUUACACUGUCAUCUCGCAUAAGAAGCUUCAUGAGCCAAUGUAUGUUUUUAUAUGUAAUUUGUGUAUGAAUGGACUUUUUGGGACAGCUGGAUUUUACCCUAAAUUCAUGUAUGAUUUAUUAUCCCAGUAUCAUAUGAUUUCCUUUGCUGGAUGCUUGGUUCAGAUAUUUGUAAUUUAUUCAUCUGUUCUGUGUGACUUUUCAACAUUAACAGUGAUGGCAUAUGACAGGUAUGUGGCAAUAUGUAGACCACUGGAGUAUCAUUCAGUAAUGACCAACCAGAGGAUUCUAGAAUGCAUCCUUUUCUGCUGGCUUUCUCCAUUUUUUUGCAUGUGCGUUCUAAUUGUAUUAACAUCAAGGCUAACCUUAUGUGGCUCUACUAUUGAAAAGCUAUAUUGUGAAAACUGGUCAGUUGUUAAACUCUCUUGUUUUUCUACAACAUUAAAUAAUGUGAUUGGGUAUGUAAUCAUUAUUAUAUAUUUUGGACAUGCAGUAUUGAUAUUUUGCUCAUACAUUCACUUGGUUGGAAAAUGCAGAACGUCAAGAGAGGGCAGAAACAAAUUCAUACAGACUUGUGUACCACAUCUUCUUGCAUUGCUCAAUGUGACUGCUGCAUUGCUGUUUGAUGUGCUGUACACCCGGUAUGGUUCGAGGAGUAUGCCACAAGAUUUGCGUAAUUUCAUGGCAAUGGAAUUUCUACUUGUUCCUCCCAUGUUAAAUCCUCUUAUUUAUGGACUAAAUCUGACAAAACUACGGAAGGAAGUGAUGAGGCUGUUUUUUAAAAACAAAGUAGAAGUAUUUGAAUAA